AUGCAGUCCCAGUGCCUGGAGGACGCGCCCGGCCGCUGGCCCCCCGGGGAGCCGAGCUCGCCCGAGCUCUACAGCGAGGCGCAGCGGCUGGCGCUGGAGGAGCUGGUGGCGGGCGGCCGGGCCGCUUUCCGCGCUUUCCUGCGCCGGGAGAAGGUGCCCGGCUUCCUCUCGGAGCCCGAGAUCCAGGCUAUCCUCCAGGCGGCCGCGCCGCCGGCCGGGGCCGAGGACGGGGCGGCCGAGCCCUCGCUCAGCGCCUCGCUGGACUGCUCCUCGCUCACCUACUUCCCCGAGCAGUCGGACGUGGAGCCGCCCGUGCUGGAGCUGGGCUGGCCGGCCUUCUCCAGCGGCUCGUACCGCGGCCUCACGCGCGUGGAGGCGCUUUUCCAGCCCAGCUUCGGGGAGACCAUCUACAGCUGCAAGGAGGCGGUGCGCAGGCAGAUCCGCUCGGCCAGGGAGGUUAUUGCUGUGGUUAUGGAUACCUUCACAGACAUUGAUAUCUUCAAAGACCUUCAGGAAGCCUGUAGCAAGCGGAAAGUUAGUGUGUACAUCCUUUUAGAUCGUGCUUCAUUUCCCCACUUUCUGAAAAUGUGCAGAAAUCUAGGAGUUGAUCUUGAGCAGGAGAAGCUGAUGAGAGUUCGAACUAUAUCGGGAAACACUUAUUGCACAAGGUCAGGAGUCAAAAUUGUGGGGAAGGUCCAAGAAAAGUUUAUCUUGGUUGAUGGCAUAAGAGUGACAACAGGUUCCUACAGUUUCACAUGGACUGAUGGGAAACUAAGCAGCAGUAACAUCUUGAUUCUGUCGGGCCCAGCAGUCGCACACUUUGACCUGGAAUUCCGGAUCCUUUUUGCACGGUCAAAGCCCAUCAACCCCAAACUGUCAUCCAGUUGCAAGAAGAGUGGAAUGUUUAAUCAGCUGGUUAGGAGAACAAAGGCUUCCAGUGACUUGAUGAAGGAAAACUUCUUGAGAAUGGAUUUUUUCUACCUUAGAGCAUUUGUAGGAAACAUGAGAAGGAAACAGAGCUUCUUGUAUGCCUCCAGGGAGGCAAAGUGUGAGUCAAAUAUCAUCAUGCAAGCAUCUCCACCGUUGACUGAGAGGAAUGUCUCUGCAGUCAUGAGGCCACGUUGGAGCAUAGAGAGGUGAGCACUGUCCACUCAACUUGAAAGAUAAGAGCCACUGUGCCCAUAUCCAAUGCUUCCUUGCAAACCAAUGUUGUAAUGGUAGCUACUGGAAAACAAACCUCAAAUUGAGAAGGCAAUACUCAAACAGUGGUUCUACUGAAGACCACUACAACUCAGGCCAACAAACAUAAGACUGGAAUUGUCUCUGCCUCCAAGGUGUGGAUAACUCUUGUUAACUUCUUCUAGUUUUCAGUCAUUCUCCUGUACUUUCCCAUCCUCUACUAGAUCAGUAUGAUCUUAACUCAAUGGCUCUGGUUAUUCUAAAGACUCUAGCUACUGAAAAGAACAAUGCUUAAAGAUCUCCUUCUGAAAAAUAGAGGGGGGCACUCUUCUGCUCUGAAAUCAGGUCCAAGCUCAAUCCUGUGUUUGGCAACCUCUCCAGCCAGGGACAUUUGACUGAAAAAUGACAUGGAUAGCCAAAGAUAACAUAUAACCUCAACUAGAUGGAAAAAGAUCGAUGUCAGCCUACUGGGCCUCAGACAUCACACCCUUUCUUCAAAUGAAUGGCCGCAGCUAGGUGGAGCAAGUUAGUGCAUCAGCUGCUUUUAAGCACUGUUUGCAGUGUUGUUGUGGCCAUGUUGGUCUCAGGAUAUUAGACAGACAAGGUGGGUGAGGUAAUAUCUUUUAUUGGAUCAACUUCUGUUGGUGAAAGAGACAUGCUUUUCAAGCUUACACAGAGCACUGUUGUGGUUCUACCUAGGCAACUUAUUACACAAUGCACAGUGAAGUACUUGAAGCAUUAAAACAUAGACGUGCCUUAAUUUGCUAUUUGAGUUUUGAACAAAUGACAUUAUUUUAAAUAUACAAUAUCCUUUUUGUUUUGUAAUUAAGUAUGGAUAAGUUUGCAAAAAGAUGAUAAAUCUUUUUUUAGAUAUUCAUUUCUCUAGAAUACUUUUUUUUUCUAUGCUGAAGCUUUCCCUAUUUGCUUUUGCAGAACCAAAUGAAGCCCUACUUCAUUAUAUCAUUGUACAUUCUCCAUACCUGGCCUGACAGGCACAGGGGCUGUUGCUUUCAGUCUGCUCCUGGGACAAGUUUUAUGAGAGAUUUUGAAACGCAGGGGGAAUCCUCCUCCCCCCACUGCACACAUUUCCCCAAAAUCAGAUCGUAUGUGCAAAAAAAAAUAAAAAAAAAAAUCCUGCCAUUUUAAGGUCUUCAUACAAAUUCAAAGCUCUCAUUUAAAACAAAUCUAACCUUUACUGUUGCAAAAAUAGUAAUUGCAACAUAUAUUCUUGCCCUGUGGUCUCAUUAAUUCAGCCUUGCAGAAACUUCUCUUCAGUCAACAGUGGUAUCUGCAGUAAAGUAGGAACUUAAUCUUAUCCCACUUCAUUCAUUGAGGCCCUGAUUCAGCAGAGCAUUUAGGCAUGGGUGUAAGUGCUUUACUGAGUCUGGGCCUGAGGUGUGAACAUCUAAACCUAACUGAGGAGUUAUGUACAGUAACUCCUCACCUAACGUCAUCCCGGUUAAAGUUGUUUCGUUGCUGAUCAAUUAGAGGAUGUGCUCGUUUAAAGUUGCACAAUACUCCCUUAUAAUGUUGUUUGGCAGCCGCCUGCUUUGUCCACUGCUUACAGAAAGAGCAGCUUGUUGGAGCUAGUUGGGGCUCGGAACCAGGGUGGACCAGCAGCCCCCUUAUCAGCUCCCCUAAGUUCCCU